UACUCAGUAAGCCAAUGCCUUUGUUUCUCAGGUAGGUCUCUGUAGAAGGAACCUAUUACUCUCUGCAUUGCUGGAAAACACUCAGAGGUGUGGAAGGACAAGGCUUGCCACAGCUUAGGCUUCUAGGGAACUUUCUCUCCAGAAGAACUUUGAUUUUAAUCAGAAAUACCUUGGAAAGAUUCAAGAAGCCCUAGAGGGGAAGCAGGCCUGUGAAGGACCAACAUGGGAAUCCUAUACUCUGAGCCCAUCUGCCAGGCAGCCUACCAGAAUGACUUUGGUCAAGUGUGGCGGUGGGUAAGAGAAGACAGCUGCUAUGUCAACAUUCAGGAUGGCUUCAAUGGAGACACUCCUCUCAUCUGUGCUUGCAGGCGAGGGCAUGUGAAAAUUGUUUCCUUCCUUUUAAAAAGGAAUGCUAACGUCAACCUCAAAAACCAGAAAGGGAGAACCUGCUUGCAUUAUGCUGUGAAGAAAAGAUUUACCUUCUUUGAUUAUCUAAUCAUUAUCCUCUUAAUGCCUGUCCUGCUCAUUGGGUAUUUCCUCAUGGUAUCAAAGACAAAGCAGAAUGAGUACCUUGUACGAAUGCUUCUUGAUGCCGGUGUCGAGGUUAAUGCUACAGACUGUUAUGGCUGCACUGCACUACACUAUGCCUGUAAAAUGAAAAACCAGACUCUCAUCCCUCUGCUCCUGGAGGCCCAUGCAGACCCCAUGAUAAAGGACAAGCAUGGUGAGAGCUCACUGGACAUUGCACAGAGACUAAAAUUUUCCCAGAUUGAAUUAAUGCUAAGGAAAGCAUCAUAAUCCUGUGACCUCACAAGUGGAGACACAGACAAUGCUAAAGGACUGGAUUCUGUUUCCAUCUUAGACUGCUGGCCUGUGGGCCACCUAGCAUGGAUACCUCCAUUAUGAGAUAAUCAUGGCUGCCAUGGUUAAUGUUUUUGAAGAGCCUUUAUUUAUAAUGUUUUUUUACUCAAUGGAGUUCACUAUCACCAUAAUUGUUCAUGGAAAACUAUUAAACCUCUGUUAAAAAUUGAUAUUUCAAAUUCAGCCUCUCCUGAAGAAAAGGAGCAGAGUAUCUGAGAUUCUGUCUUUCCAGUUGUAUUAGGCUUAUAAUGAAUCAGUCUUGUUUACUUCAUGCUGGGGAGAAAAAUGUUCCUUUCAGGUCCCAUUAAGUAUGAAAAGGAGGAAUCCAAGUCUGUACAUUUGUAUUGAAUGAUAUGUAUAUGUGUGAAGUUCAGAGACUCCAAUGUAAAUAUGCCUUUGAU